UUCAACAUGGCAGGCAGUAAGUUGGUGCUGGAAGGGAGGAUAAGUAUUACAAGCUUUCUUUUAGGACUUGGCGUGAUAAUAAUUCCCCUGUUUGUAAACUUUGGCUCCCAUGUUGACUGGAUAUUCGAUUACCUCAGCGGUGUAAACGGGAAAAUAGCCAUUGCGCUUUAUAUUACAGUUAUCAACGGCUUCCUGCUAAUAAUUUACAAGGGACCUCUGUACAAGGUCGCUGUGCGAGCUUGCUUUCUAGGAUUUGUCUUCGGAUGUGGCUUGAGCAUAAGUUUUGCAAACACGACAUGGACACAGUUUGGCUGGUACAUGUGUUCACUGGCAUUCUUCCACUACUCUGAAUACCUGGUCACAGCCGUCAUCAACCCUCGCAGUCUGUCUCUAGACUCCUUCCUACUCAACCACAGUGUUGAAUACACUGUAGCAGCAAUCUCUUCCUGGAUGGAGUUUACUGUGGAAAAACUGCUUGUUCCAGAGCUGAAGCAGCUGAACUGGAUCUGUUUUGUGGGAUUAAUAAUGGUGUUCUGUGGAGAAGGUCUACGCAAGUCUGCCAUGCUGACGGCGGGAUCCAACUUCAACCACAUAGUGCAGAACGAGAAGGCUCAGAGCCACGUGCUGGUCACUAAUGGCGUCUAUUCGUUCUUCAGACACCCUUCAUAUGUGGGCUGGUUCUACUGGAGCAUCGGUACUCAGAUAAUGCUGUGCAACCCGUUCUGCCUCUUGGCCUAUACACUGGCUUCCUGGCGGUUCUUCAAGGAGCGUGUGGAGGAGGAGGAGAUCUCUCUCAUCCAUUUCUUUGGAGAGGAUUACAUCGAGUACAAAAAGAAAGUCCCUACUGGUUUGCCCUUUAUCUCAGGCAUCAGAGUAAACUCAUAAGACUGGGGAAAAGGGAGACACGCGGAAAAGUCUGGUGCACUCCUGGACACUUCCUGGACUGGCACUGUGGGUGAACUGGUCACCUGGUGACCUCCUGGCUCACGUUAACGCCAAGGGAAAUGAGGGGACACGAUACAGAGAGCCUGGCCUGUUGAUCUGCUCUGAGACACAACGGUUCACUCUGAGCAGGGUGAAGCCUCUACCUCGAUGCAAUUCAGACCACUAACACACAGCUAUAAAGUCUCUCUGCGCUCCCCUGCAUCAUCACUUCACUUUAUCUUUUCUACCCUGUCAUAUAAUACUUUUUGUAUCCACAUAUUCAUGUAGAUCAGUUUUGCAUCUCUAUUUCAUGAUACAGACCUGUUUAACACAUCCAUCCUUUUCAUGUCAUUUCUUGUCAGUUCCUUAGUUUCGGUGUCUUAAGUGUGUGUGUGUGGUUGUUUUCUUUUUGUAGAACAAGGUUUAGAAUUUAAAAGGUAAUGAAACUGCAGUGAGGUUGUACGGUAUGUGCAGCAAGAAGUUUACUGCAGCUCAGUAUACAUUCAGCCUGCCUUAUACUAAAUAUUCCAGACACUUAUACCAGAUUUUAUUUAUUUUACAGGAAAGCUUGGGAACUCUCCUAGUAAAUAAAUUAGUAUUUUGCGUAUGGUAUUUCUCAUCUUUAUUAGGUUAAAAACUCCGAUAGGAACAGGGGUGGGUUUCCCAAAAGCAUCGUACCACAAAGAUCAUCAUUUAAAUUGUAGAGCGAGCACAAUGAACACACUCUCUCCUAGUUAAGAUGCUCUUAGCGUUAAGAGGCUUUUGGGAAACCCAACCCAGUUCAGUAAUGUCUAGAGGUUUUAUCUAGAUAAGAUCCAUCAGUGCAAUUGUUUAAGCUUUCAGACCUGUCAACCUUAGAAGCACUGUGUUUUUAAACAUCAGAGCACGUGGCUACGUUAUCAAUCACAAAUAUACAAAUGGAGCAGUCUGUCCAUCCAUCCCCCCCCC